UAUUUUUUAUCACAGCUUGUUUUGAUCACAGUUCACUGGUUAUAGGUGACGAGUGGUCUACUUCAGUCUACCUGACUGUCGUGUCAAAUUGUAAACGUGCAAUCGAUGUCCGUUUCUUUCGCGAGAUGUGAUGAUUGCGAUUUCUUCUUUAUGAUGACGGCGACAGAUCGCAUUGAUACUAGUCUGGUACUUACACUAGAAAGAAAACGGAAUACGAGGGAUGAUGGUGAUGAUGCUAGUCUCAAUGAUAUGGACGAUCUUUCAUUCUUGUCCUUGUCGUCGAUGCCGACUAUGAAUGAUGUUGAAUGCAACGAUGAAUUUCUACGCCUCACUAGAAUGGUUCGUGCUGUGUACUUGUCAUACCUUCACGAGUGCUUACUUAGUAAUUACAUGACUUGUUACGAAGAGAAGGAUGAUGGUAUACAGAGCGUUCAAGUGAACAAAUGUGCAGACCAGAUGGAACUUAAUGCUGUGCGAUUGGCACUCGAAACUGGUUUGUAUAGACGAAACAUGUUAAAAAUGAUUGCAGAUGUGAAGUCAUACACUGUCCAAAAGAAGCCGUACAAAAAGUUGAUAGGAUUCUUGGAAACCCCAACCAACAAAAUUGAUGUCGCUGUGCAAACCGAUGACACAUGGCCAAAUUUGCACGACACGAACGAUGUAGAAGGCACGUGUGUUAAAUCCAGUUGUGAAGAACUGUCGCAAGUGACAUUACCUGCUGUGAGGGACUUGCACGAGAAUGAAGAAAUUGUGAAGGAGAUUAACGACAAAACGGAUUUAUGGUUACUGGAGACAAUGGUGAAUCGAGAAUCCCAUGAUCCUGACGAAGAAAUCAUGGAUGUAACUGAUUCUCAAAUAAUGGAUAGUGACACUACUGUUACAAAUAAUAAUAAUGACACUGUUGUAAUGGAUAAUGACUUUGUCAAUGCUAUUGUCAAAAAUGAGGACGACGAUUCGCAAGAUUCGUUGUUGCGACACAUGGAGGACAUGUUUUGCGAGAGUGACGACAGUAGUGACCUUACCCGACUGAUCGAGAAACAUUCCGGUGUUACGACAGCUAGCAUCGACAAAGAAAUCGAGGAGAUGCGGUUGGAGACUACAGAUGCUGACGUGACUACGAAUCACUCUGGCCUUUCGCGGAGCAACGAGCCCGUGAAGUGUCACGUACCUCGAAUUGGUACUAGUCGAGGCAAACUUACGUUUAGUCGUUAUAAGGAAAUGCGAAGUAAAACGAUGAAAGAGAUCAACGGGAACGAGAGCUUUGAGGAGAAACGGAAACGAAGAAUAAAUGCCGUCUGGUUCGUGGAACGCGUGCACCAAGUAUCAAGAUUACGCGCCAAGAUGACCGAACUGUCGCUGACGAAUUAUCGAAAACAUGGGAGAAUAAAAGAAAAAUUCCUUUAUUUGUUUGGAGGCUCCGAGGAGGAAGAGAUGAUGCCGGAUUCUCCCAUUCGCAUCGAGGAACAUCUACCGGCGUGCAAGGAGAGAAUUGCGCCUUGGAUCGUUCAAUACCUGAUGCCGUUUUACAAAAAGAGAAAAAUUAAAGAUCGACAGCUGUUCAAGGAAGUAGCCAAAUACAUCGCGGACAUGCUCAUCAUGCAGAAUACAUUUCCAGAACAAGAGUGCGUGAGCGAGUACAUAGAGAAUUACUUCAAGAAUAAGAGAUUUAUAAAGACCAAGCAAGAUAUAUAUCUAUGAGGAAUUGUACGACAGUAUUGAUUCUACUGAAUACGGAUCGAUGAAAACCUAAAGAUCCUGUAAAGAAUGUAUCCUGAAACGUGAUUCGUCGUCUUCUUCCACACUGAUGCGACUUAUCCCGUAAAAAGAGGAGAAGAGAAAGAAAGCACGACACGUAGAGAUCAACGAUAAUACGAAUCCACUAAUCGUAACACGUUUUUGUAGAUGGAGAAUGUACAUGUACAUUUUGUACAUGAUUACUUGAUCUAAUUAAAACAGUGAUAAUGAAGAUAAUAA